AUCUCUUGCCAGCUUUUCCUUUUUCUCGCUCUUCUCUCUCUCUCUCCAAAGUCCAUACUUUUUGAUUUGUGGAAUUACUCUUGUUCCUACCUGCUUCAGCACAGCCUCCUCAAUCUCCUCCUAUUGUUCUUUCUCUUUUUGUUUUUUUAUAAUAAAAAGAUUCAGUUUUGUGUGUUGUCGCUGAUACCCAUUUGCAUUUUGUAUUCUGGGUCAAUGCUGUCAUGUUCUCUGCAAAUUAGGGUUUCAAUCCGUGCUCCGGAGUGAUUGAUUCUGUUUCAUGUGUUGAAAAGGAAUGUAGCUGGAAAAGAUUGUGUUUGUUCUGAAUAAUAAAAAUUUCAUCUUCAUUGUUGGGGAUGCUACGGAUUUUGUAAAUUUAGCACCUUUUUUUUUUCUUUUUUUGAUUUGGCCCUUAUCCCGGAUUUGUUUCCUUAAUCCCCUUUUGCGGCUAAUCGGAUGAAUAUAUUGGUAAAUCCCAUUGGAUUUGAGUGGAUUCUCCAAUAAAGGUUGGAAUUUUUUUAUCUGCUGGAUCCCUUUGGGCACAAAAUUGGUGGUGAAAUUGGGAACAAAUCUGAACAGAAAAAGGCUCUCUGUAGUUACUCGGUGUGGGUGGAUUGAAUGUCUUCUUUGAUGAUGGAUCAUGUUAUUGGUGGGAAGUUUAAACUGGGAAGGAAAAUUGGGAGUGGGUCUUUUGGGGAGCUUUAUAUAGCUGUUAAUAUACAAACCGGAGAGGAGGUGGCUGUCAAGCUGGAACCUGUGAAGACCAAGCAUCCCCAGCUUCACUAUGAGUCAAAAUUGUAUAUGCUUCUUCAAGGAGGAACGGGGAUUCCCCAUCUCAAGUGGUUUGGAGUAGAGGGAGACUACAAUGUCAUGGCAAUUGAUCUUCUUGGACCAAGUCUGGAAGAUUUGUUCAAUUAUUGCAACCGGAAGUUAACAUUGAAGACAGUGUUAAUGCUUGCUGAUCAAUUAAUUAACAGAGUUGAAUAUAUGCAUUCUAGAGGUUUCCUUCACCGUGACAUCAAGCCAGACAAUUUUUUAAUGGGCCUAGGACGUAAAGCAAACCAGGUGUACAUCAUUGACUAUGGCCUUGCAAAAAAAUAUAGGGAUCUUCAGACUCAUAGGCACAUACCAUACAGGGAAAACAAGAACCUUACAGGCACAGCCCGGUAUGCAAGUGUCAACACCCAUCUUGGAAUUGAACAAAGCAGAAGGGAUGAUCUGGAAUCUCUUGGUUAUGUGCUCAUGUACUUCUUAAGAGGAAGUCUUCCCUGGCAGGGACUGAAGGCUGGCACCAAAAAACAAAAAUAUGAUAAAAUCAGUGAGAAGAAAAUGUCAACUUCGUUAGAGGGGCUCUGCAAGUCAUAUCCCUCAGAGUUUGUAUCAUAUUUUCAAUAUUGCCGAACAUUGCGAUUUGAAGACAAGCCUGAUUAUUCAUAUUUAAAGAGGCUGUUUCGAGAUUUAUUUAUUAGAGAAGGCUAUCAAUUUGACUAUGUUUUUGAUUGGACUAUAUUGAAGUAUCCGCAGAUUGGCGGCAGCAGCUCUAGAGGGCGGCAUGAAAGUGGCAAGGCAGCUAUGCAUGCAGGACCAUCUGUACAAAAGCCAGAAAAAGUAUCAGUUGGGAAAGAGAUUCGAGAAAAAUUCUCUGGUGCUGUUGAAGCUUUCUCCCGGAGGAACCCAACAAGUCCUAGUCCUCGUGGUGAUCACUCCAAACGUAGGAGUUUUGAGGAAGUAGCAGUACACAAAGAUGUGUAUCAUGAUCAAGAGAAGGGACGCAAUUCGUCCCGAUAUGGCAGCAGUUCAAGAAGACCCAUAAUCUCAUUGUCAACCAGGCCAAGUUCCUCUGGUGAUCAUACUGACAGUCGUACUGGCCGGCUAACCUCAAGUGGAAGCCGACAAUCUGCCACACAUAGAAAUAUUCAACCUAUGCACGAGACAAAACAACCAACUUACACACGCUCUGGAUCCACCAGAGGCAACCGUGAUGAUCCUCUGCGGAGUUUUGAGCUCCUCUCUAUCAGGAAGUAACAAGUAUAUCCAGUUUCAAUUUGUUACAAAGACAUUUUCUAAAUUCUAAUGCACUUGUUUAUCCAAGAACUAUCAAUCUCGAGCAUUAUGGAAUCAUGUUCAUGUAUAUUAUUGAAUUGCCAUGAGCCAUGCGGUCAUAAUCAACUUGACUUCCUGUUACCAAUUUGUGAACCAAGGUGGACUAUUUUCUGCCCCCUCCUAGAUUAUGCCUUCGGAAGAAGAUUUCUCGGAUGUUGUAUCAUGUUCCUAAAACAUGCUUCUGAGAACUCAACCAGGGGUCCUCUCCUUUUUACUAGAAAAGAUUUGUUUUCUUUUUUUUUGAAACAAAAUAGAGUAAAGUAGAGUUGUAGUUUAUGAUACAAUUGUUAUUGGUUUUUCGCAAUGAGACCCAACACUGCCUCUAUGUUUCCCAUGUUAUGAGUGGAAUUAUUGAUGUUAGAAAUUGGUCUCAAGCUACAAAAGCUGUUCGAGAUCUUUCAUUAUUCA